AUGAACAAUAUUUUGCACGAACUGGUGCCUCGUGGCGAUGACCACGGUCAUUCUCGUGGUCAGCGAGCGUUGGUGGUGACUGCAGUUCUCACUUCGCUGGCUGGAUUGGUUGUUGCUAUGCGAGUAUAUGCCCGAGUUGGGUUAAUGAAGAGUACUGGUCGAGAAGACUGGGCCAUUCUAAUUGCAAUGGUGUUCUCAGUCGUCUAUUGCGGACUUGUUGGUGCUCAACUUCGCUAUGGAAUGGGAAUCCAUGACGAUUACCUUCCCUCACACGUUCUUCAACAACAACUCAAGUGUCUGUGGGCCGCCAUCCCAAUGUACAACGCCAGUCUAGCAUUUACCAAAUUCUCCAUCCUCUUCCAAUAUCUCCGCAUUUUCCCCGCUCGCUGGUUUCGCAAUGCCUGCUACAUCGUCAUGGCAAUCGUCGCUACAUAUUCCGCCUGGGCCAUUGUCAGCGGCUACGUGAACUGUGUCCCCGUCGCUCGAUUCUGGGACCGCACAAUACCAGGAAGCUGUCUCAACUUCUCAGCCCUCUGGUUCUUCAAUGCAGCCAUGAACAUCGCUACAGACGUGACUCUUCUCGCCCUUCCAAUGCCGCUGCUAUCCCAUUUACAGCUUCCGCGCACGCAGAAGAUCGCACUGAUGGGCGUUUUUGCCAUGGGUAUCUUUGUGGUCAUCACAAGUAUUCUUCGCCUUUCCGGACUGCGAACCGUUGCCAGCAGCACAGAUACAUCAUACGCUAAUGUCGACGCCUCAUACUGGACUGCAGCGGAGUGCAACGUUGCCAUUAUCUGUGCUAGUCUUCCUUUCCUUCGCCCGAUUAUCAGCCAGGUAUUCCCUAAGCUGUUGUCGACAAACAGCUACAACAACCGUUAUACAAGCAAUCAGCAAACUGGAACGAAUCGAUUCGCUAGUCGCCGCUCGGCACGACAGCCUAGUCAAUUGUUCAGUCAGACCGAUGACAGGGACUAUGAUGUAUACUCUAUCAAUGUUAAGCCUGGAGAUAGGUCAAGUCCCAGUUCGUUUGGUGGUAUUGAGGUUACCACUGAGAUGACGGUGAUGCAAGAAAGUGCUAAGCAUGGUGAGAGUGUUAGUGAAAGGAGAUUAGUGAUGGAUUCAUCAUGA